UUUUGGAUUUUCAAUACUGGGUUCUACAAACAGUUGUGUCUCCCAAUUUCAUAAAGUUUAUACGAAUAAAAUAGAUUCUCCGCAUUCGUAAUAGUUUUAUACACCUGAAAAGUGAACUGACACUAAAAUUUUGGCUGCUAUGAUGGUGCAGAAUAAUUACGGUGGCAAUUCCAGUAAUAAUGAACAUCAACAGGACCUGUCCAAUAUUGACAUAGGUAAUGUCGACAACAAACCCACUUACGCUUUGGAACACUUAGCUACUUUCAAAGUAAAGUAUGAAUCCGAGACACGUAAUCCAAAAGAAAAGCUAAAGAUUCUAAUGAAGUUGGAUGAAUCAGGAGCCAUUUGGCCACAGAAAAUGUAUAUGUCCUUUAGUGGACAAUGGCUGGUAAUGUUGGACUGCGAAAUGAAAGAAAUUGAAAAUUUCCCAGGUUCUCUGAUAAAAGAACCAAUGGCUUUCAUCAGUGAGGAUCCAUUAGAGAUUUAUAAUAAUAUUCUGGUAUUUACAGUACCAGGCGUCUCUUUGGGAACGACAGAAAUGCACUUUUUUCAGGUAACGAAUGUGUCGUCAAAGCAUUUGGUUGAAGACUUGAAGCAAUUAAGCACUGGCAAAACUAUACUGAUUGAUCGAAAUUUGACACCUAUCAAAGUAUUAAAACCGGAAAAAUCCUCCCAUAAUACUCGCGAUCAAUAUGGUAUUGCCACAGUUGCCGCAGAAAUGGCUGCACAAAAGAAUGCUCAUGACGCUGAGCAAAGCUUGCGUGACAUUCAGGUCUUAAAUCAUUGUUUCGAAGACAUCGAAAGGUUUGUGGCACGUCUGCAAUAUGCUGCAGAGGCAAUACGCGAAUUAGAAUUACGUCAUAAUGAUCACAACCCACAUGGAGAGGGACUGCUAGUAUUACGGUCACGCCCACCCAUUGAAAGCGAGUUCUAUGAUAUUUUUGCCAAAGUUAAAUUGGCCAUAAAUUAUGUUGUUAAGCUAAAUCAUCAUUUCUCUAACGGAACGGAACCGAUUUCUGAUUUAUUCAUUUCUUUGCGUACCAUGGUAAAUGUUUGUAAUGAUGUACACGUUAGUGCUAAUAUACCUGAGAAUGUUGUUAAUCCUCUGCUCCGACGUGAAACUAUACACUUUUUAUCUGGUUGUUUAAAUGCAUCGGACACUGAUUUCUGGAGAUCUUUAGGAAAAAACUGGACCGCAGCAAAGGAAUAUUUUAAAGAUCAUAAAGGAUCAUAUCAUCCGAUAUUCUACGAUGAUUGGUCACCGGAUUGGAUAGUUGACGAAGAAGUUACAUAUAUACCACCGCUAAAACCUAAUUCGCCGGUAACUCCACGGAUUUUAGCAAGUAAUGCCGUUUGGCUGUCACGUUUGCAGUCAAGAAACGUAAAAAUUGCCGAAGUGGUGUAUAAUAGCAAAGCAAAUAACGAUAAGGAGUUGAAUGUUUCAAUCGGGGAAUAUCUUGAGGUUAUCGAAGAUACACGUAAUUGGUGGAAGGUCAGAAAUUCAGCGGGCAACGUCGGUUAUGUUCCACAUACAGUCCUUAAAGCACAUAACUUUGAAGUGCACUCCAAUUACUCUAUGAGGGAUGCAGACUAUAUUGCCCCAUCUUUGAACGAAGCAGAGGCAAUCAAUGUAAACCAAACCAAUGCGGGCAACAUGUAUCGAAAUACACUCACUCCUUUUGUUGAUGUAACAGAACAGUCUUCACCUAAUAUAGCAAAAUCCAUACCGCGCUCAUACAGUAUGCCGAAUGUUCCGGUUCCACCCCCUAUGCCUCCUCCGCCAGAUAGUGAGACACCGACACCAAGUGGUACCCUGAAGCGGAAUAUGGCUGCUGCUGGCAGUUUAGCAGAAAAGUGCUACAGAGUUACGUCGAAUGCUUGUCGAGGCAUAUGGUGAUGGGGCUCUAUGAGAAAUUAAGAACGUGGAAGACCACCAAAAAGCUACGGGAAAGAUCCAAAAGUAUGGAAAAUGACAAUCGGAAAACUGAAAAAGCACUUGUGAAAUUUUGCUUCAAAGACACGAAAUAAAAUCAGUUUUACAUCAAACUGUCACUGGCGAUGAAAAAUGGACUUAUUAUAAUAAUCUUAAACGGAGAAAAUCAUGGGUUAAUCCGGGACAACCAUCAAGAUAGACUGCAAAAACAGAUCGAUUCGGUAAGAAGUCAAUGCUCUGUGUUUGGUGGGAUCAGAAGGGUGUGGUAUAUCAUGAGCUUCUAAAACCUAGGGAAACUGUUAAUUCUAAUCGCUACAGACAACAAAUGAUCAAUUUAAACCAUGCAUUGAUCGAAAAACGACCAUAAUGGGCCGGAAGACAUGGCACCUGCACCCAAAGAAAAAUCGGUUCAGGAUACAAUCAAAAUACUUGGCUGUGAGCUGCUACCGCGUCAUAUUCAUUCGACUUGGCACCUUUCGAUCACCAUUUGUUUUUAUUUAUGGGAUACGUAUUAGCUGAGAAGCACUUCAGUUCCUACGCAGAAGUCGAAAAUUAGGUGCUUCAUUUGUUUGUUUCAAAAGUCGAACAUUUCUAUCGGCAUGUCAUCCACAAAUUGCCAGAAAGGUGGUCAAAAUGUGUAAAAAGCAAUAGUCAAAACUUUGAAUAAAUUUUUUUUUACUUUCCAAUUCAAUAUUAGUACUUUUCACAAAAAAAACGCCCAUUUCAUACCGGUCCACCGGUACCAAUGUGUAAGUACUAAGUCCUGCGCAAAUAUUAAUAUUUGAUUUUCACUUC